UAUAUCCACACUCCAAUACAAUGGCUCAGAGGAAGGAGAAGCAUCACGGCAAUUGCUAUCCGUCCUACAGAAAUCUACAUUCUGGCUCUACUGAAGAUGGAUUUAAUUUCAUGGACAAAUAUAACCUGAACCUUACCUUCAAUCUAGAGUGUCUAGGUUGUUGCUUUGCGUACCUCAGAGGUAGGAAUUAUCAGGAAGUUAGUGGAGCUCUAUACGACCGAGUCUGUUACUCAUCUACAAAUCUGAAUGCUCCUGGAACACCUUUGAAAACGAACAUGACUAAUUCCUUCGUAAAAGUGCCACGGGGUGCAGGAAAAAAUGGUCAAAUUGCCACAGGACAUGACUUAAAUUUGGGGAAAUUAUCAGUGCGCACGUUCGCUAACUCCAGAACGUACCAGUUGUAUUCGACUAAUGCUGGGCGUCUCAGUGUGGGUUUCACAGCCAGUGCUCGCAUGGAGAGUGUUGCAAUUAAACUGGUAAAUCCCGAUGAACUUGUCGAUAUAUACCUCAGUUACGCAGAUGCUGCUUUGGUUGAAAAGUACAGAGAACAAAGGGAGAUAGAAAGUUUAAGUGAAGUUGAGGUAACAGGCUUUCUGCUUGUCCGCCAUCCUGGACAGACAGGACACUGAAAUAAGGAUCACACAACAUUGACUACAGAACAUGGGACAUUUUCUUAGCAUCUGUAAUUUUCAAGUUCAUUUGAUUAAGCAUGUAUUUUAUUUUAACGUCUUUUAUGAAUGUGAAAAAUAAAGACAUUUAUGGAAAAGUU